UUUGCCUUUGACCCUCCCAGCGCGCGUGUGCUGUCUGUGGCGGGAGAUUGCAGCAUGGCGGUGCAACCUAAACAAAAUCUGUCCAUGGACAGCGUUUCAGAAAAGGCAUUUCUGAAUUUUUAUUUUUCUAUGCCUGAGAAACCUGACACCACCGUGAGAAUAUUUGAUCGAAACGAUUACUACACGGUGCACGGAAAAGAUGCGCUUUUUACAGCCAAGGAGGUUUUCAAGACGAAUGGGGUCAUCAAAAACUUGGGCGCAGGCAACAGAAAGCUGGAGAGCGUGGUCCUCAAUAAGAUGAAUUUUGAAUCAUUUGUGAGAGACCUGCUUUUGGUCAGACAGUACAGAGUGGAAGUUUACAGAAAUAAUGCCACUAAAAGCAGCAAAGAUCAUGACUGGCAAUUAUCUUUCAAGGCAUCUCCUGGUAACCUGACACAGUUUGAGGACAUCUUAUUUGGCAGUGGAGUAGGACCAGGGGAGGCAGCUGCUGGUGUCGUGGGGGUGCGUCUUGGCACUGGAAGUGAUGGACAACGGGUGGUCGGUGUUGGGUACGUGGACAUUACUCUAAGGAAACUUGGUGUGUGCGAGUUCCCGGAUAAUGAUCAGUUCUCCAAUCUGGAGGCUUUGCUCGUGCAGAUCGGGCCUAAAGAGUGUGUGCUUCCUGGAGGAGAUGCAGGUGGAGACCUUGGCAAACUCAGACAGGUGGUACAGCGUGGGGGUGUUCUGCUCACAGACAGAAAGAAAUCAGAGUUCACAACCAAAGACAUUGUGCAGGACCUAAAUCGUCUACUUAAGGGGCGUAAGGGAGAGACUGUGUCCAGUGCUGCCCUUCCAGAGAUGGAGAAGCAGAUUGCCAUGUCUUGCUUAGAAGCAGUCAUCAAAUACCUGGAGCUCCUCUCAGAUGAGGGUAACUUCGGUACCUUCAAGAUAUCUACAUUUGACCUCAACCAGUACAUGCGUUUGGAUAAUGCUGCUGUGCAAGCACUGAAUCUCUUUCAGGGUUCAUCUGAUGAUACCACAGGAACUCAUUCUCUGGCAGGUCUUUUAAACAAAUGCCGUACCCCACAAGGACAGCGGCUGGUCAACCAGUGGAUCAAACAGCCUCUUAGAGACAAAAGCAAAAUAGAUGAACGACUGGAUCUUGUGGAGAGUUUUGUGGAUGACUCUGAGCUGAGGAAGAGUUGUCAAGAAGAUCUUCUCCGCCGUUUUCCAGACCUAAACCGGAUGGCGAAAAAGUUUCAGCGUCAGAGCUCUAACUUACAGGACUGUUACCGUGUCUACCAAGCUGUUGGGCAGCUGCCGGGACUGGUAUUGGCUUUGGAGAGAUACAGUGGAAAACAUCAGGUCCUUUUGCAUGCAGCAUUCAUUUCUCCCCUCAGUGACCUCAUCAAUGACUUUUCCAAAUUUCAGGAGAUGAUUGAAACUACGCUAGAUAUGAACCAGAUUGACCAUCAUGAGUUUCUGGUAAAACCUUCAUUUGAUCCCACUUUAAGUGAGCUCAGGGAGAACAUGGAUCGCUUGGAGAAAGCUAUGCAGGCAGCCUUAAACAGUGCAGCUCGUGAGCUUGGGUUGGAAGCAGGCAAAACCGUCAAGCUGGAGUCCAAUGCUCAGAUCGGUUACUUCUUCCGAGUCACAUGCAAAGAAGAGAAGAGCCUUCGCAACAACAAGAAAUUCACAACUUUAGAUGUUCAGAAAAAUGGAGUGCGCUUUACUAACAGUAAGCUGAGCUCUUUGAAUGAGGAAUACACUAAGAGCAAGGAAGAGUAUGAAGAAGCUCAGAACGCCAUUGUCAAAGAAAUCGUCAGCAUCGCCGCUGGUUAUGUGGAUCCAGUGCAGACCUUAAAUGAGGUGAUCGCUCAGCUGGAUGCAGUGGUGAGCUUUGCUGUGGUGGCACAUGCUGCCCCGGUGCCUUAUAUAAGGCCAAAAAUACUAGAGAAAGGAUCAGGCAAACUCAUUCUAAAGGGUGCAAGACAUCCUAUUGUUGAAGCCCAGGACGAUGUGGCUUUCAUUCCCAAUGAUGUCAGUUUCUCAAGGGGUGCAGAGAUGUUUCAUAUCAUCACAGGUCCCAACAUGGGCGGCAAGUCCACUUACAUCCGUCAAGUAGGCGUGAUUGUCUUGAUGGCACAGAUUGGGUGCUUUGUGCCAUGUGACGAGGCAGAAUUGAGUGUGGUGGACUGUAUACUUGCUCGAGUGGGCGCAGGGGACUGCCAGAUCAAAGGAGUGUCCACUUUCAUGGCUGAAAUGCUGGAGACUGCCGCUAUUCUCCGAUCAGCCACAGAGGAUUCUCUCAUUAUUAUUGAUGAAUUGGGCAGGGGCACAUCCACAUACGAUGGCUUUGGUUUGGCCUGGGCAAUCUCAGAGUACAUAGCCACUCGCCUCAAGUCUUUCUGCCUGUUUGCUACUCACUUCCAUGAGCUGACGGCAUUGGCGCAACAGGUGCCCACUGUCCGUAACCUCCAUGUUACUGCCUUGACCACAGACAGCACUCUCACAAUGCUCUACAAAGUCAAAAGGGGUGUUUGUGAUCAGAGCUUUGGGAUUCAUGUGGCAGAGCUCGCUAACUUCCCCAAGCAUGUGAUUGCAAAUGCACAGGCUAAGGCUUUGGAGCUUGAGGAGUUCCAGGAAUUCUCCAGAGCUGAGGAGGAGGGGUCAGAUGCUGGACCUGAAGCCAAAAAACGCUGUCUUGCCAGACAGGAGGGGGAAAAGAUGAUUGAGGCUUUUCUGGCUAAGGUUAAAGCACUUCCUGCUGAUGACAUGACUGAUGAUGCUGUCAAAGAGAAACUGCGCAAGCUGCGAGCAGAAGUCAGCGCUAAGAACAAUAGUUUUGUCAAUGAAAUACUGUCACACAUUGCCAAAGUCAAACAUACUUGAGCCUGAGUAACAGUUUAGGCUUUGUUGGAAACUUUUGUGCAAAAUUGUUUAUGAUGGAAAUGCAUAUAAUCUAUAGUAGAUUAGAAACUUCCAUGCCUUUUUCUUUUCAGGUUUCUUUCUGCAAGAGUUGUUUAUAUCCCAUGUUUGUGUGUAGUAUGUCAAUAUAAAUUCUCUAUUAGUUUCUUUUUAUGUUUUUUUGUCUGUGAUGUUAACAAACACUUUGGUCUCAAUUAAAAUUUCUGUUUAUAACAAUGUCGCCAUCUAAUGGAUACACGCGAGAAUGUGACAUACUGUUACAGUUUAACGUGAACAGUUUGGGGUUCAAAAAAUACUCGAUUUUCUUGACACUGGCAUUCGUGAGGUUAUUAUAUUAUUAUUUUUUUAGUUUGCAUAACUGGUAAAUAAGUCCAAGCAUAACAUAUUUUGUGUUUUGAAAAAGUUUCACAUACGGUUUUGUAAAUACGUAACUUUCAUAUGAACAGUUUAAAUAGCAAUAAACAACUAAUACACUA